AGCUGACUUUCACAUUUUCUUUACAAACACUGGCCUGUGCUUGGAAGUUUUCACACACCAGCUUAAAAGUAAUUAGUUAAUGGUACUGCUAUUUAAAAUAUUUCAAAAUGCAUGGUUCACUUCAUAUAUUUUAUAAUAUUUAUGUUGAAUGGAGGAUGGUUUGAAAGCUUUUCGUGUUCAGUUUUUUGAUUGUUUUAAAAUAUUAUUGGGAACAGGGCUGGAAGCCCAGCUUUAUGUAUGUAUGUAAAUAUGCAAGCUGCUGUGAUCAUUGCAUUUUACACUAAAAAAUGACGUAGAUUAAAAGCCAGACAAUUGCUUUAUUGUUUCCAUGCAUCAGUAUUUGCUCAUUUUAUUUUGAGGAGUUUUUGUUUGUUUGCAUUGAGGUUUAAAUGCUGUCAGCUGAUUAGAAGCAGUGGAAGGUGUUUUCUUUAUGUCCUCAUCAGCUAACGUUGUUUGUUGUUGAGAAGGACGUGUUGAGCACUGAUGCCGGGCCUUCAUGGUUCAGAGCUGUUGACACAAAAUGGCGGCAGAUUGAAAUGUGUUACAUCUGCCUCACACAGUUAGCACAUCUCCACACACACGCACUGUUUUUAGCGUCUUAGGCUUUUGGUAUUUGCUACUUCAAACUCUGCAGUCUUUCUGCAGACCUCUGGAAAAUAUGUGAACAACAGGCCCACUGAUGCUGGCUGUAGCGUGGCAUCAUAAACAGGAGACAUCUAAGUUAAAUGUGUCAGAGAACGCCACACCAGCAUAGACGGUUGUUGCAGUGUUUCCCACAGGGGAACAUUGAAAACCUUAUUUUGUGGCAGAACCUUUAAUUGUUUUAUUAAAAAUGAGAUUUGACCUGUGAUUUUCUGCAUGAUAUUUUCAUUUCAAAAUGCAAAGGUUCAAAAUGAUUGGUGCUUUAAGAUGGCUGCCAAGUUUCACGACUUUCUUCUGUGAGGCCUUCGGCCGAACAGUUUUCCUGCUUGCAAGACAAGUAAAAGUGAAGCUUUGCAGUUAAAUGAGCAGCUCAUCUGUAUUCGUGUGCAGUUUGUUUCCCCUGUUUCUUGCUUGCUUUGCUGCACAGCCAUUACUUCUUUGUCUUUCAGUGCACUAUAAUAUUUUCCAAGCAGAUUCAUUUAGAUGAUCAUUUCUCCCUGUAAGCAGCAGGAACAAACCAGACUCCCUUCAGGAUUUACAUGUUUAAAUAAAACCUUUAGAUGCUGAAAACAUAUUUGGUGCCAUGGAUUUGUUUUCAUGUAUUUAUUUACAGUCUAUCGAAAUGUUAUAACGGACAGAAAUAUGUCCGGAAUAGUCCUCAGAUUGGAUGUCGUGUGUGAGGCAGAAACAGGCUCAUGCAUGCGCUGUUGGCUUGUGCUUAUCAGUUAAACAGAACUAGUGAAAGGCCUAGAUUCACACUGUACAAAAAAGAGAAAAGAAAAAAAGCUUGUAGCUGUUUCUUCGUCAGAUCUUAUCUUUAUUAACUUUCACAAAGGUCUCCGUCCGUUUACACUGGAUGCCACCUCUCCAGUUUCAUGGCUAAGAGAGUGGUUUCUCUAUGUUUACAGGCUCACGUCCACAGCGUGCAGCCCUGAGGCUAGGAGACCGCAGCAACAGGUUUCACACUAGCAUACUCUGAGCAGCUUUUGCCUUACAGAAGUACAGAAGCAUUUCCAACCAUUAGAAAUGACCUGAAAACUAAACUGUAGUUAGACUUUGUCUAACUUUGUGGAGUUAAACAAAAGCAUUUGGAGCAGAAGUAAUAGUUGUAAACUUGCAGUACGAAGCACACAGAGAGCUGCAUCGAGGUUUGAGGCAGGAACAGAAGCAGAAACAGCUGCAGUGACUCUGUACGUGUGAGGACAAAAUAAUAAUGACAAGGAUGAGUCUCCCAUUUUAACGAUGUAUUACUUUGACUUGAUUUUUUUUUCUGUUAACAGUUCUGUGUUUCAAAUCGAAAUGAAGAUUUCAGCCUUUCAGAGCUGCACUCUCAGCUGCAGCGAUGUUCACUGUACAGUGUGUCAGCCUAAUUUACUGCUGAGACUUUGACCCUUUUGUGGAGUCUCAUGCACAAAUCUUUAAUAAAGUCUGAGCUUGGCUGUCACGGAGCUAAACAUGUUUAAGUCUCUACGGGCCGAGGUUCACAUGAGAUGGUCCUCAGGUGCUGGCAUUCUCUAGAUUAAUGGAUGAAAUGGAGCAGUACAGAGUAGCUCAGUAGCACAGAGAGUUUUGUGACCCUCAGUUAACAGAAAAAUGUUUGCCUCAUUACUGGCGUGAACUUCAAACGGAAAAUUGUGCUGAUGCAUUGUUGAUAUCGACUUAAAAGCAAACAGCGUGUGAGGAGAGAAGAGAAAUAUUGAAACCUCAUUCCUCUGUUGUGCCACUUGAAUAUUAUCACUGUAUUUUCAACAUUUUUGUCUCUCUGUUUGUAUGCCCAGUAUUAAACCACUACUUGGCUCAGGUUUCCUCCAUAGAAUUUAUCAACAACAGCAGCCAGUGGUACCUGCACACCCAGCCCAAACCAAAGAUCUCAACUACAAAAAUAAAGGCUGCAUAUAUAUAGCAUUCACUUUUUCAAAAAUGCUUUUGGGUCUAAAAAUGUCAUUCAAAUAGAAAAUCUUUCAUUGGCAAAAAGUGUGCGGUCUGUAAUGGAAACCUGACUUCAUACUACAAAAGCUUAGCUGGACGUUUUUAUUUUGGAGAAGGGGGAAGUUUUACACACUCCAAUUAAAUCUUAGAAAUUCAUAUUUAAAUUCAAAAACCUAAAUAUGUAAGAUGAUGGCCCGCAGCUGUGCAGGCUCACAGUCGCACAACAUGUGAUCUGCACUCACACUGACGUGCAGUCUGUUACAUUUGUGUAAAAAACACACAAAGGUGUGGCAAAAAGAUAGAAUUGUUGUUGAAUAAAAGGUAGAGUUGUUUUAUUUCAGAUCAUUUUUUAAGUUAAUAAAAACUAGUGUUUAAAACAUUUAAUGAAAAACAAAAACUUUGAAAUAAAGUUUUGCUUCCACAUUAAUCAUUACAUAGCAUAAAAUGACCAUAGCUUAAUAAAGUUCUUGGCACCACUGAUUUAAGGCCAAUGCUGUCUCACAGUAAUAGAAUAUAUAUAGGAGUAUACUUUAUAACUGUAUAUGACAUGAGGCUACAUUACAUCUGGAAAAUGUCCUGUGCCAGGUCUGACCCACAGUGGCAGUUCCCCUCUGCUUUCACUGCUGCUCACUGAUAAAUCUGACAGCUGGGUAUUCUUCUAAUCCUGCAGCGAUGCUUCAGGAGAAAGCUUCAACUGUGACGGACGAACAUGUGAGCCGGCUCCAGACCGGCGGGGAGACGGAUCUGCUUCCAGACCAGUCGCGACUGGGCCUGUCCACAGCUCCCACCGUUCCCAGCUCCACCGAGCCCGACCAGAACAUUGAGAACAUUAAGGUCGUCCUUCACGAGAGGGAGCUGUGGAAGAAGUUCCACGAGGCCGGUACAGAGAUGAUCAUUACUAAAGCGGGGAGGAGGAUGUUUCCUAGCUACAAGGUCAAAAUGACUGGGAUGAAUCCCAAAACCAAAUACAUCCUACUUAUUGACGUUGUCCCAGCUGACGACCACCGCUACAAAUUCUGUGACAACAAGUGGAUGGUGGCUGGGAAGGCUGAGCCGGCGAUGCCAGGCAGGCUCUAUGUGCACCCUGAUUCCCCUGCCACUGGAGCUCACUGGAUGCGGCAGCUGGUGUCAUUUCAGAAGCUGAAGCUAACAAACAACCACCUGGACCCUUUUGGGCAUAUCAUCUUGAACUCCAUGCACAAGUACCAGCCCAGGCUACACAUAGUCAAAGCUGAUGAGAACAAUGCCUUUGGAUCAAAGAACACUGCUUACUGCACCCAUGUCUUUCACGAGACAGCCUUCAUCUCCGUAACCUCUUAUCAAAACCACAAGAUCACUCAGCUGAAAAUAGAAAACAAUCCAUUUGCUAAAGGAUUCCGAGGCAGUGAAGAAGGAGAUCUGCGUGUCUCAAGACUUCAAGGGAAAGAGUAUCCUGUGAUUUCAAAGAGCAUGGUUCGCCAAAGGCUCAUUUCAACGCACAGUCACCUAGCGGGGAAACUUGGAGCAGGAGUUCUCGCGGGGCAUCCUCAAGUACUGUCCUCUUACCAGUAUGAUACUGGGGUUCCUUUGUCUAACCCAGACUCCCAAGAUCCCAUUUCUACUCACUUCCCACAAAGCAGAGAUCCCAAUCUUCUUUAUCACUGCUUCAAACACAGAGAUAACGGGCGACACUUGGAGCUCGGAUGUAAACGGUCAUACCUGGAGACAUCAACUGCAGUCUCAGAUGAGCAUUACUUUCGGUCGCCUCCUUCUUACGAAUCACCCUUACUCUCUCAUCCAUAUCGCACUGAGGCAAUCACUUCUAGAGAGGCGUGUAUGUAUGGUGGUAUGGAAACAGAGUCUGGAUCCGGGGCGGCAGACGCAGAUGACCUAACCAACUCUCCUUCAAUUAAUUGUAAUAUGUGGGCUACAGUGCAGCCGUACCCUCGCUACGGCAUGGAAGGCGUACCCUACCAGCCUUUUACUGCUCACUUCACCAACUCAGCCACGGUCGCGCCUGUGGUGCCACACCCGGCAUCAUCGGUGGUGUCACGACCACAAGCUGACUUGGGCGUCUACAACUCGGCCGCAGUCCAGCGAGGUCUGCCUGUGAUACCACCUUCAACCUCUUCUUCAUCAAGCUCUCCAUCUUUCCCGGGAUCCAGAGAUAGUUCAGGUCAUCCACCUCUGUACCACAGGAAACCAGGAUCGCCACUCCUACCUCACCGAGAUUUCUCCAGCUAUUCAGCACAGGGUACAAUAUCCAUCCGGGAGCCGGCUUAUCAGUACCAAGUUGGGCUGAGUAGCACAGGAAGUAACUGGACUGACAGCUAAUGUCGGUCACUGGAGACAUCAGUUUUCUCAUAUGAAGGUUUCCAGAAUCCCACUGUGGGGUGUCAGUGCCAAGCAAUGCUAAUGAACUACAGUCAUGUUGCAGGCAAACUGAAAACCAAUAUCCUUUACACCCACGUGUUCAUACUGAAUCAAUAUUCCAUCCAAUGCUGUAGGUGGCAAACAGUGACAGACCUGCUCUUUACUUAGUCAGAUGUGCUAUAAGCCAGUGAUCAGGUGGAGUGGGGCGGUUCGGUCACACUCAAAUGCAAAUCAUUGGUUUGAAUGACACUUGAGGUAUGUCAGAGACAUCGCUACGGGUACAAAAAGUGUUACGGUUGUCAGUGUCUUGUCCUAUCAAGGUAGCAUUAGCAGAAAAACACUUAGCAGGAGGACAAAGAAAAUUAAAUAAGCAGAAGUUAACAGCUGCCCUGUUUAGUUUAGCGAGUGCUUUUCAGUCCCAAAAUAAAGAACGGUCGCUGGUAAUUCCUUUUUUAAAAUUAAUGUCAAUAAAAUGCAUAAAAAGACCCCAAAAACAAUCUGGUCAUGUCCCAAAUCUGUCUUUUUAAUGACUUCUGUGGUAUGUCUUUGUGUAUACCACGAGCCAAUCAAAUGCUAGAUAGACAGAAGUACAUAUUGUAGCACAACUUCAAGUGUGUGACCUCGAUCGAGUCAAAGCUGUGCUGUCAUCUCGAGUCCACCUCUGGCUUUUUGCUUCAUCGUGGAGAUUUCAGUGUGUUGAACACUUGAACUACACCAACAUACACUUUGUUCUCAUUUUGACAAACAGUCCAUUCCAUGUUGGGUGACGAUGAGUCGAUCGGUAUUUCUUAUAGCAGCAGAUUGGUGUACAUGGGAUUGGCUCACCAAAAUAAAUGACAAUGGGCAAUUUUAUUCUUUAGUUUUGAGUUUUAAUCAUGCACAUGUGCCAAAAAUAGAGUUGUUACACUUCUAUCUGCAGAGCAAGAAUGCAUUAAACCCAGUGUAAAAUAAGACUGAUCAAAAUAUAAAGGAAGAUAAAUCCAAGUUCACGUCAUAAACUCAUGUGCACUGGCAUUAGAAAGCUAGCAAGACACUCUUUCCCCAUGUUGUUGUACAUACAUAAAUGAAGUGAAAGGUGUACCACAAUCCACCAUGAUGGCAAUUGUUAAUAUGUACGUUUCUACAGCUUGUUUGUCGUGUGAUGCUGGCACUUAAGAAAAAAUGUUGCGAGUAUAAGAUUCAGCCACGGCACUGUGGUGGGUCAUCAACGUUUGGCUCCAAAGUGAAGACUCGAAAUCACACUGAACAGCAAAGAGUGCUCAGGAGGAACCAGAUGGGAGCUUAAAGAGCUGUUGUUAAGCCAGCACGAGUACUAGAAAAGACAGCGCCUCGCCAGUCCGACUCCCAGAUUACUUACUAGGAAAAAAAUCCCUGCACAACAUAAAACAGCCUGAGCGGACAAGGAAGAGGACGUCCUCAGUAGAACUGCAUUCAGUAAAAAUCGGAACUUGUAUUGCCAACGAAAGCUUCUUUGUACGAAAUGAUAUAGGUUUGUACAUUGUCCUUUUAUUUCAUGUAAAUUCAAUAUAACAUUUUUGAAUAUUUGGACAUUUUUGCACAUGUGAUAAAUAAACAUUUUCAUGAAUCUAACUGUCUGACAUAAUUAAUUAAAGACACUAAAUGACAUUUCAUUACAACUCUUUAUUAUUAUGAGGAAAAAUGUUCAGAAUUUAUAUUUAAAGCUAUUAAACGCUGAUGAUAAAUAAUGCCAAGUCCCAUAAAUAGCAUUCCAGAUGAUUUUGCUGCCUAACGACAGUUUAUGGUCUAUGACGAUGAGUCAAUCAAAAUUUCACUUAGCAAAUAUUUGACAUUUGAAAAAUGUUGGCGUUGGGCAUAAUUCAUU